CCGCUCGACCGCCCGCGCCGCUCGGGCUGCUGGGUGAGAUCGUGCCCGCGGCCUGGCUCCAUUUGUGCGCAGGGCCCGGGCGGCGGCAGCUCCCCCUCCCCCCCCGGCCCCGGCAGCCAUGACCGCGGAGGACGAAAUCAUCCGCAUCGCCAAGAAGAUGGACAAGAUGGUGCAGAAGAAAAACGCGGCUGGAGCUCUGGAUUUAUUAAAGGAGCUUAAGAAUAUUCCCAUGACUCUUGAGUUGUUACAGUCCACAAGAAUUGGAAUGUCAGUGAAUGCAAUACGCAAGCAAAGUACAGAUGAAGAAGUUACAUCUUUAGCAAAGUCUCUCAUCAAAUCAUGGAAGAAGUUAUUAGAUGGACCUUCAACUGAUAAAGAUUCUGAAGAAAAGAAAAAAGAGCCUGCGUCUUCAUCACAGAAUAGCCCUGAAGCAAGGGAAGAAAGCAGUUCCAGUAGCAACAACAGCAGCAGGAAGGAAGAGACUAAUGCUCCCUCAAAUUCCUUCAUCCAUUCUCAUCCUCGGGCUCCAGUCACUACAGAUUCUGUUCGAAUGAAGUGUAGAGAAAUGCUGGCUGCAGCUCUCAAAACGGGAGGUGAUUACAUUGCUAUUGGUGCUGAUGAGGAAGAACUGGGUUCUCAGAUUGAAGAAGCUAUAUUCCAAGAAUUAAACAACACUGACAUGAAAUACAAAAAUAGGGUACGAAGUAGGAUAGCAAAUCUCAAGGAUCCGAAGAAUCCUAAUCUAAGAAAAAAUGUCUUAUGUGGAAAUAUACCUCCAGACAUGUUUGCAAAAAUGACAGCUGAGGAAAUGGCAAGUGAUGAGCUUAAAGAGAUGCGUAAAAAUCUGACCAAAGAAGCUAUCCGAGAACACCAGAUGGCUAAGACUGGAGGCACCCAGACUGACUUGUUCACAUGUGGCAAGUGUAAAAAGAAGAAUUGUACUUACACGCAGGUUCAAACACGUAGUGCUGAUGAACCAAUGACAACAUUUGUUGUCUGUAAUGAAUGUGGAAACAGAUGGAAGUUCUGUUAGAAGAAGAAACUGUCAAGACAUCUGGACCAGUAUGAAAGUGGAUUUUGUAAUUAGCUUUAAGAACUAGGCCAAGCAUCUAGCUUCCUGCAAAUAAGACUUUUUUUGUUUUUGUUUUUGUUUUGUUUUAAGCAGCAUACAUCUUUGGAGUUAGCCUAUGUUUUUGACACCACCAUCACUUUAAAUGCCUUCCUGUAGUUACUAGUCAGUAGGGCCAGGUUGCUCAGUUGUAUGGUGUACGUUAAAAUAUUUUUUUCAUUUUUAUAAGUAAGUUGACAUUAAACUUUUAUUGAUAAACUUCUG